AUGGCUCCCUGGCCAUCUCAGAAACCAAGCUCGUCAAGUCACGUUCCAGCCCACCAAGCAUCGACACUCGGCGUGCUUGCUGACACAAGCUCGUCCGACCACGACCUCCAUCCCCCAACGCCGAAUCGCAAAGCAGCUCACUCGCGUUCGAUGAGCAACCCAUUCCCUUCGCUCUUUAAGAAGAAGAAGGCUGGCUCCGCUACAGAAUCUACGACGCACCAGGACAGCAAGGAUCAUGCUGUCAGUAUGGCACCUCGGCAGGAUGGGGAUACGCAGAAGAGAGGGACCCCGAUGAAUGGAAGGGAAUUCGCAACGGGGACCUGUAUGACGUGCGGAGCAACUGUCAGGUGGCCCAAAGAGCUGAACGUCUUCAAGUGCACCAUAUGCGUCACAAUCAAUGACCUAUCUCCGCUGAAGAAUCUCAGGAUUCAGUCUAGUAGCGGUGCAGCACCAGCUAAUCGGAAUACAAACAAAGGCACCACCCCCUCGCACCGUCCCACGGCCCAUUUAUCCUUAGAUUAUUCCAAUAAGGUGAUCCGACAGAGUAUUCAUCGAUAUCUGAGCUCGAAGCUGUGUAAGCCACGCCAAGAGCUUCUCUCCCCCAAACAAGGCCAACCCAAACCCAGUUUGCAAACACCGGAUGGCAAACAGGAGGAGAAUACUAUCCGAAACCCUCCAGAAAACGGCAAAGUUCCAUCCCCUGGCCUCUACACAUAUGUAUUCGAUGAAGAGCCAACCCUCCAUCCAAACCCUUCUCGCAGAGGCAAUGCGAGUGUUAGAUCGCAUUCUACAUCCUUUCCGGAGAAACCUUCUUUCCAAGGCAUGGCGUGGAAUGGUGCACCAAGAGCUCAAACAUCAAAACCGUUACGGGGACCUCGCGAUGAUCCAAAAUGGAUAUUCAAACAGGUGGAGGACUAUCUCCUUAGUUGCUUCAGCUCAUUCAACGGCAUCAAUGCCUCUUUUUAUACUCGCCACCCCCGGCAUACUCCCAGAGUAGGAAGUGAGUCAUGGGGACGACGGCAACAGCCCAUCGCAAACCAAGAGUCUAGAGCUCCAAGCAAACCUGAAUUCCAACCCAAUGUAUAUGAGCUGGACCCGAAGUUGCUGUUGCUGGGAGAUUUCGCCGAGAAUGGGACAUGGUGGGCGGGGGCUCAAGAAGAGGGUGAAGCCACAAAGCAAGCAGCAUCGCAAAGGGGAAGCGACACCAAGCCACCACCUGCGUUACAAAAAUCGCCCUUGAUCAACUGGGAUGAGUUAGCCUCUUGGUAUACUGGAGUCAUCAAUGCCGCCCAGACUUGGUUCAAUGUCUACGAAGACUUGUCUAGGCAGCCGAACUUCGUAACGCCGACCGAUGCGACCCUGCAAGAUAUUGAAAAGGAUCUUUUGCAGGCCCAGGACCACUUGCAGCGAGUGCUACUGAAAGCCACCGAAAACUUCCUAAAACGGCCUGGCGGUCGAAUUACAGAAGCCUUGGACUUGAGGUUUCUCUUCGUCAUAGCGGAAAAUCCGUUGUUUUCUUCUCACGUCGACUUGUUCUCGGGUCUUCUGCAACCAGAGGAGAAAAUAAGCCCAGGGCUUAUAAAUCAAGAGGGGGUGGAAGCCCGGUCUGGUCCCUUAUUCGGACAUCACUCUGGUAUUAUCAAACGCAUUGUCGGGCUUAUAUCCAACGCUCCUGAUGAAUGUCACAACCAGAUUAUAACCUGGCUCACUCGUACCACUAGUUCGAGGUUCAAUCGAUCAAAGGAUCUCAUUUAUGAAUUUCUUUCGUACAGGAUGAUACGACAAAGCGAGAAGAAGCAAGAAACAAAAAUUGAUGUCACGGCAGGCUUGAUCCCUGAACUCCAGACAGGCAGGUCUGGGGCGUACUUACAUGAUGAGAUGAAAAAGCCCAAGUCCCAAGCUAAGAAAGCAAUGUAUUCGGAAGAUUGGCAAAUACGAUCUGCCGCCCGAGUUCUUUCUCUCUGGUUCGCAGCAAACAAUGUACCCUCCGUUCGCCGCAGUGACGAUGCAGCUUCAAAUGAAAACCAUACACUUGGCAGUCGUGGAGGUGGGCAUUCUCGCGGUCACUUGCAAAACAGUGACUUUUAUCAUUCAAUGAUUGACAAUGUCGAUCUUAUUGCCGACUUUGAAAUGUGGGAGUCGAGAAGAGGCAAAUUCACCUUUUGCCAGUAUCCGUUCUUACUAAGUAUUUGGGCAAAAACGCAAAUUCUAGAGCAUGACGCCCGGCGGCAAAUGGAAUCCAAAGCUCGAGAUGCCUUCUUCAAUAGCAUCAUGACUAGAAGAACCAUUAGCCAAUAUCUAACACUUGACGUCCGGCGAGAGUGUCUCGUUGACGAUAGCCUCCAGGCCGUCAGUGAGGUCAUAGGGAGUGGAAGUGAAGACAUCAAGAAAGGUCUGAGGAUCUCAUUCAGAGGGGAAGAAGGUAUCGAUGGUGGAGGCUUGCGAAAAGAGUGGUUCUUGCUCCUUAUCCGAGAAGUCUUCAAUCCGGAUCAUGGGAUGUUCAUAUAUGACGAAGAUUCGCAGUACUGCUACUUCAACCCGAAUUCAUUCGAGACUUCUGAUUCAUUUUUCCUCGUCGGAGCGCUUUUUGGCUUGGCGAUAUACAACUCUACAAUCUUAGACGCAGCGCUCCCAGGCUUUGUUUUUAAAAAGCUUCUAGCAGCAGCACCAGCGAAUUCCAUGAAUCAGCCCGCAUACUCACGAAAGUUAUCGAAGCCCAGUCUGGAGGAUUUGUUCGAGUAUCGACCGCGACUGGCCCAAGGUCUCAAAAAGUUGCUUGACUAUGAUGGUGAUGUAGAGGCGACUUUUUGCUUGGAUUUCGCCAUUGACGUCGACAGAUACGACACAACUAUGCGGGUGCCGCUUUGUCCCGGCGGCGAAAGCAGGGCAGUCACAACAGCUAACCGCCGAGAAUAUGUCGACUUAUAUGUCAAAUAUAUUCUCGAAACGUCAGUUACCCGCCAAUUCGAACCGUUCAAACGAGGGUUCUAUACGGUUUGUGGGGGAAACGCUUUCUCACUCUUCAGGCCUGAAGAAAUUGAGCUCCUUAUCCGGGGUUCUGAUGAAUCUCUAGAUAUCUCAACAUUACGGGCUGUUGCUGUGUACGACAAUUGGGAAACCAAGCAGCCAGAUGGCUCAGAACCUGUCGUCAGUUGGUUCUGGGAGCUGUUUCAAGAAGCAUCUCCCAAAGACCAGCGCAAAUUAUUAUCGUUUAUCACAGGCAGCGACCGUCUACCUGCGACUGGGGCAUCCAUGAUGCCCAUCAAACUAUCAUGUCUUGGCGAGGACCCUGGAAGGUACCCAAUUGCAAGAACAUGUUUCAAUUUGUUAAGUUUAUCAAAAUACCCUUCGAAGGAAGCGCUCCGGACCAUCCUCUGGAGGGCGGUGUAUGAGAGCGAGGGCUUUUGGCUAAAGUAA